GUCGGGGCUAGCGGAUUGAUUGCAUCGGACUUCGCGGUGUUCUCACAGGCCAGUAGUGACCCGUACUGUGUGUUGGAGUGUGGCAAUAUAGAGAAGGAGAAGGCACAGACGCACCGUAUACAGGCGACGGUCAACCCCCACUGGGACGAAGAGUUUGCUAUGAAUGUGUGGCGACCCAAUGCGCAGCUCACGUUGAAGG